CACGGGUCAAGGAUUGGAUGGUGGGUGUUAAAGUUACCAUACCAGGAAGUGGGCGUGGCUAGACGCUGAAGAGGCGAGCGACCUAAAAAACGCCGCAUUUUUCUCCUGCUUGGGCCUUUGCUUGACCACUACCGGUAAUUCACGAGGGUCGGCACCCAAGGGCUAAGGAAGAGAGAGUGUGCGAGAGAAAAAAAUUUCAGAAUUUCAAAUUCAAAAAAAAAAAUCGGCUCCCAUCUGGUUCUCUGCUCCUGCCUCUUCUGCUCCUCCUGCUUCGCUGCACAUCUCCUGCGUCCUGCACCAUCCAAACUUCCCUUUGGUGGAAAAGUCCUUGCUCUGGUCUCUUCCGCCCGUCCCAUCUGCGGCUCCCGCUGGCUCGCUAGUUAUCAAACUCUGUGACCGUUGUUCACUUAUCGUCCACGCUUCUCGCCCAGGAAUCUGCUCCCGAAGCCCGCUCUACGCUUUUGUUAAGUCCUGCUGCACCUUACAGUACUUCUUUUUCCCCAUUCGUCUCUCUUGCGUCUUUUCUUUUUUUCUUUUUUUUUUUUCUUAAGGAAGAAAUCAACGCGCACCACGAGAAGAGGCUGGGACCGGGUGCAAUUGAAAUUCAAUAGGUAUUUGAUUCGUAGUAUUGUCGUUGCCCAUCCCCUCCUCCUCCCCUCAUCCGAAAUCGAUUCCUCCUUCCUAUUCUUUUAUUCCAUCUAUCCUUUUAUCCUUUCUGUUCUGCCUUUCUCUGCUCUUCAGGCACUUCACCCCUCUGCACUUUGUUUAGAAGAGAGUGUGAGGAAGAGACUUUCGAGGACUCCUAUCGGAAACUGGAUUCCUUAUUGCCUUUUCCCCAGAAUUCCUUCCUCCACCCCCUUAAGCAUAGAAUACAUUUACCAUUGAUGGUGGAAAGCUAAACGAAUUAUUAACGACAGAUCAGGGACUUACGAUAAGUUUCACGAAAAAAAAUCCUUUAGAUCCUAAAAUCCCGCCGAAAGGAACCGGAAAAAUGACGGGGAGUUUCACAUUCAAGUGGUUUGUUUUCCUUGCAUUUCCUUUUCUUUCCUUUUCUGCCCCCAAUUAUCCCUGGCACAUCAUCGUUUUUUCCGCUGAGCCCUGGCUCAGCUUCCUGUUGCUCCAAAAAAAGGUGACGGGGCGGGGUUUAAGGCAGCAAUGCCAUAACUUUUGUAGUCGGUCACACUUGUGCUCGCAGGCACUCGGUUUGAUUACGCUGUCGCGAUUCUUUGCACAGUAGGAUCAAAAGGGCUAAUUGGACACUUUUGUGAUGGAUACAAACAGGGCCCAACCGGCUGAAGAGGUUUACGUCACUGGGUCGUUCGAUGGAUGGAGCCAGUCUAUAAAGCUCAAUCAAGAGGGAGAUGCCUUCAUUGCUACAGUUUCGCUGCCAUCUGAGAAGAUUCUCUACAAGGUACGUUGUCAAUGGUUCUGUUAGCUGUUCCUUUCAAGCGUGGUUUUGUUGUAGUAGAGUAGAGUUCGGACCAUUCACUAGUGUACGGUAUGGGGAUGCAUGCUAUAGCCAGUGCUGUUGUGCCUGUGGGAAGGAGCUUGACCAAUUCGCCCCGGCAUUCAGUCCUGUCGACUUGUGCGAGACGGCAGAUUAUGUUGUGCUUUUUCUGCGGCAAUAUUUCCCUCCACCCCUCCGCGGGCAGCCCUAUAAAUAGAACCUUGCUUAUCACUCGCAUGCGUCCUUAUCAAUGGCACCUCCGCGCACCGUUUGCUAACAGGAACCCUCUUUCUACGAGUAGUACGUCGUGGACGGAACCUGGACAGUCGAUACCACUGCACGAAGGGAAGCUGGUGACGACGGGAUUGAAAAUAACGUCUUGCUACCUGAAGAUCUUAUCGAAGAGAAAACCGAGUCCGAACAGAAAACCGAACAAGACAUGUCCUCAGCCGCUAUUUCCUCGGCUGCCCCCGAUUCUACUACUGCCGCACUCGCGGCCCAGGUCCCUAAGGAGACCAACGGCGACGUUGAGGAUUCAACUAUUUCCUCCGUCGCACCCGACUCUACUACUGCCGCCUUGGCCGCUGGAGUCCCUAAGGAGGCCAGAACCCCAAGCCUCAAGAAUGUUCCUGGCGGAUUCCCCCCGACUCCGGCUACCGAAACAUCCGAUCCUACACGUAUGAUUUCUCAGGAGGAUGUCAAAGAGGUUACGCCUGGCGAACACACUCCUAAACAUGACGAUAAUUCCGAAGAUGUUAGUGGUGGUGUCAUGCUCGAUUUCAGCAGCCCCCCGAUGCUUCCUGAUGCUGUCACCCCUGCCGCCAAGAGGGAGGAGGAGGAGGAAGGAGGAGAUGUUCCUGAAAUUGUUAAAGAUACCCUUGAGGCGGUUGAACAAAAGAAAGAGGUCGAGGAGGUGUUGAAGGAAGGCGUUCCUGUUGUCCAGCCUACUACCGAAGGAAGCGCUGUUAUCGGUCAAGCGCAAGCCGACAUUGCCGUUGCCGCUGCUGCCGUGACAGCGACUGUUGGUGGGAUUGCCGCAGCUGCCGGACUUAGCAGUGCCUCUGGCGAGAGCAACGAGGAGACCACGCCCGCUAUUGUCCCUGAGGCUGUCAAUCAGAGUCAAGAGGCCGCCCGCGUUUCCCCCGAGGCUAGUGUGGUUGAACCCGCCGCCGAAGCGCCGAAGGGAUUUGAAAGUCAGCCCGAGCAAGAAGUUUCCCCGACCAGCGAGCCCGCCAAACCCGCUGGACAAAUUCCGGAAGCUAUCGAGGGCUCUUUGGCUGGGGCUGCUGACGACAGGUCUGGGGUCACUGGUGGUGACGCUGUUGAAGCUAAGGCGGCUGUGGAGAAUCAAUUGAAGGAUGAAGUCAAACCAGUCGUCCCCGUCCAAUUGAAAAACACCGCAGACAAUGCUGCUACCUCUACGACCCCCCUCCCGAAGCUUGAAGUCACAGACCCUCAAGAGGCUACUACUCCACUAUCUCCAACGACCCCGGUUGAGCCCCCUAAGAAUGGAACUCCCAAAAACGGAUCCCCAAGAAAGAGUGUUGAUAACGGAAGCGGCGAACCCCCUUCCAGUCCCACUCAACUUACGAGGAAGAAGAACCGAUUUAGUUUUUUCGGAAACUUGAAGGAAAGGUUGCAUUUCGGCAAGGAUAGGGGGAAGAGCAAAGGUGAGAUGAGUCCGUAAAAGGGGGGCAAGUGGAGGAAGGUGCGCUGUCAUUAAUGAGAAUCGCGACAAGGGGUGGUACCGGUAAUGAUACGAAAAGUUCAUGUUCUUUUGUUUUUAAUUGUCUUCCUUUUGAUACGACAAACCGUAAUACAUACUCAGCGGACUAUGGGGCGGGAGGGCAAGCUAGGGAUGAGGGCCUUGUGGAAUUCCGUGUCAGCGGUUGCUCUUUUCCAAUCGUGCAUGGGGACGGUCUCCGGGUUUGGCUCAAGGGUUUGGGGUACCAUUGUUCCCGUGGUGCGGUCUCCUUUGAAGUUUUUUCAUUUGUCUUCCUCUUGAGUUUUAAUUUGGCUAUUGCCUCGUGGCACUGCUAUGGAGCUUGGUUUGCGAAGGGAUGAAUGCACUCUUUUUUCUUUCUUGUUCCUGCUUUUCCUUUUUGCUUGUACUGCUACUUUUCUUUCCAUCGCCUUAUUUCAAUUUCCUUUUUCCUUUUCCUUCGGUUCAUGGAGAGGUUUUCUUUGCCGCUUGUAGUUGGUAAUAUGGAACAAAAGAUACAAGGGGAUCAUCGGUUGCGGGAUACAAUGUUAGAGGAAAUGGGGGAGAGGAGAUUGGCUUCAUUUACCCUUUUUCUGCCUGCUAUCUCCAAAAAAUUGCAUUCAAACCCG